AUGGAUUCGGGAGAAUAUCUCCGCCGGACUCUAAAAUGGCGUUUAUGCUACAAACUGUCGUCGCAGUGCAUUCUUUUUCUCUUUUUUCUGAGUCACAAUGCCACCGGACAAAUACGAUAUUCGAUCCCCGAGGAGAUGAAGAAAGGUUCCCUUAUUGGAAAUGUCGCAUCGGACCUGGGAAUAGACAUUCAGAGGCUCCGUUCUGGUCGGGCCCGUAUCGUGACCGGAGAAAACAUCCAGUACACCGAGCUGAAGACAGACAAAGGGACUUUGACCGUGAGUGAGAAAAUAGACCGAGAGUUGCUGUGCGGAGACGUGACGCCGUGUAGCUUCAGCUUUGAUUUGAUUUUAGAAAACCCGAUGGAAUUACACCACGUUACAGUCGAAGUGUUAGACAUAAAUGAUAAUUCCCCUUCUUUUCAUCAGCACGACAUGAAACUGACGAUUGGAGAAUUAGCCGCUCCGGGAGCACGUUUUGUUUUGCCAACAGCAAAUGAUCCGGAUGUGGGAGUCAAUGGGCUUCAGAGCUACCAUUUGUCUCCGAACGAAAAUUUUAUUUUAAAGAAGCAUUCAAAUACUGACGGAAGAAAAUAUGCGGAGAUGGUACUGGAGAAACCGUUGGAUAGAGAGCAAUUUCCAAGUCUGUCCCUAAAACUGAUAGCAGUUGACGGUGGAACGCCACAGAAUUCUGGUACAGUAAAUAUAGAUAUCACUGUCCUUGAUGCUAAUGAUAAUACUCCGGUUUUCAAUCAGUCCGUCUACAAGGCUACUGUAAUGGAAAAUUCCGUAAAAGGUACAUAUAUCAUUACUGUAAAUGCAACUGAUGCUGAUAGUGGCUCAAAUGGUUUGAUUUAUUAUUCUAUUUCUAAAAUGCACGGCAACAUUGACAGGAUAUUUGAAAUGAACAAGACAACGGGUGUGAUAUCACUUUCAGGGAAAGUAGAUUGUGAAAAAGCAAAGAAAUAUGAAAUAAGCAUUGAGGCAACGGACCAGGGAGCUUUGACGGACUCGUCUAAAGUUAUAGUUGAUGUGAUUGACGUGAAUGAUAAUCCGCCUGUCAUAAAUGUGAUGUCAUUCACCAGUCCUGUGUCAGAGGACUCUCCUCCUGGAACAACUAUUGGCAUCAUAAAUGUAAAAGACCUUGAUUCAGGUGAUAACGGACUAGUCAGUUGUAGAAUAGAACAAAACGCACCUUUUAAAAUUAAAUCUAAUUUGAGAAAUUAUUAUACAUUAGUGACAGAUUCUGUGUUAGAUCGUGAGAGUGCUUCGGAAUAUAACAUCACUGUUGUGGCGACAGAUGCAGGAAUUCCUCUUCUCUCAACAAGAAAAACUUUUAAUUUAAAGGUCUCUGAUGUGAACGAUAACGCCCCAGUGUUUUCACAAAGUGUUUAUAGUGCAUUUAUCAAAGAGAACAACUCACCUGGCGUUUCUCUUCUGACUGUAAGCGCGCAAGACCCAGAUGAAAAUCAAAACGCUCGUAUAUCUUAUAUUCUAGAAGUUAAUGAAGUUGGCGGAUCUCCAAUUUCUGAGUAUGUCUCCGUCAGUGCAGAAAGCGGAGUUAUACAUUCAGUGCGCUCUUUUGAUUUUGAGCAAAUUAAAGAGUUGGCUUUAGUCGUCAAAGCUCAGGAUGGAGGCUCUCCUCCACUCAGUAGUAACGUAACUGUGAAAAUACUGAUCCAGGACCAGAACGACAACCCCCCUCAGGUACUGUACCCAGUACAGACUGGUGGCUCUCUGGUGGCUGAACUGGUGCCUCGUUCAGCAGAUGUGGGCUAUCUGGUCACUAAAGUGGUGGCUGUUGAUGUGGACUCUGGACAGAAUGCCUGGCUCUCCUAUAAACUGCAGAAAGCCACAGACAGGGCGCUGUUUGAAGUGGGCUCACAGAAUGGAGAAAUAAGAACGAUCCGCCAAGUCACUGAUAAAGACACAGUGAAACAAAGACUGAGUGUUAUAGUGGAGGACAACGGGCAGCCCUCUCGUUCAGCUACAGUCAUUGUUAACGUGGCGGUGGCGGACAGCUUCCCGGAAGUGCUGUCGGAGUUCACUGACUUUACGCACGACAAGGAGUACAACGACAACCUGACUUUUUACUUAGUGUUGGCUCUGGCUGUAGUUUCCUUCCUCUUCAUCACGUGUGUAGUGGUUAUUAUCUCAGUGAAAAUAUACAGGUGGAGACAGUCUCGCGUCCUGUAUCACUCCAACCUCCCUGUGAUUCCAUAUUAUCCACCACGUUACUCAGACACUUUGGGGACAGGGACUCUCCAACACGUGUACAAUUACGAGGUGUGCAGGACGACUGACUCCAGAAAGAGUGACUGUAACUUCAGCGGAGCUGGUAGUCAGAAUGUGCUGAUAAUGGACCCCAGUUCUACAGGAACUAUGCAGCGGAUACAGAGUGAAAAGAGCAUCCUAGACGAACCAGACUCUCCUUUAGAGGUGAGUUAA